AUGUUAACGUCUAUUACAAUAAAGAGGGACGAAUGUAAACACCGGUUAGAGUUAAACUUAAUAAUAGAUAUAUUUGAGGAAGGUACGGUAUCUACAACGGCUGGUGAAUUUAUAGGGACAACCGAGGAAACGACAUUCAGCGGGGUACAAUAUAAAAUAAAACAAUUCUUAGGAAUUCCAUAUGCUAAACCACCAAUUGGUGACUUACGAUUCAGAAAGCCAGAACCUUUACCAAAGCUACAAACACCAUUCCGUGCUACUAGAUACGGAUUUAUCUGCCCGCAGAUUAUUCUCCCGAGUGAACCAGUAGUAGGGACACAAGAUGAAGAUUGUCUGCAUCUUAAUAUCUUUGUUCCAACACAAGCGCCUGAUGAUACAAACGGACAUGCUGUUAUGGUAUGGAUUCAUGGGGGAGGGUUCAUUUUAGGUUCAUCCGAUGAGUAUGACAGCAAAAUAUUGUCAGGUUUCGGAAAUGUCCUUGUAGUGACAAUUAACUACAGACUCGGUCCACUUGGAUUCUUCAGUACAAUGGAUUCGAACUGUCCUGGUAACUUUGGGUUAUGGGAUCAGAUGUUGGCUUUAAACUGGAUACGAGAUAAUAUUGACACCUUCGGUGGUGAUGUUAACCGCAUUACUAUUUUUGGUGAAUCCGCUGGGGCGAUAAGUGGCGAAAUGCAAGGUAUGAAACGAGAAAAUAUUGGUGUGUUCCAUAGAAUAAUUGCCUCAAGCGGAUCACCCUCUGUAAGGUCUAUGAAUUGUUCUAGAAAUACACUGACUGGCGCCAGAGUUAUGGCGGGAAAAGUUGGAUGUGAUUUGAAAAGCACCGAAGAGAUGAUUGAAUGUCUCCGUAACAUCACCUGGCAAGAUUACAUGGGAGCAAUAAAUGCAUUAAGCCAAGAUUCAAAUAGUAUAGAAUAUUUGAUAUUUGACCCAGUCGUUGACGGAGAUUUUAUCAAAGAUGAGCCUAGAGAUUUGUAUAAAAGAGCAAAAACACAGACCAUUGAAGAGCUUGAAGUUUUUAAAUCCUUUGAUUUGUUAUCAGGAAUGAACGCCAACGAAGGUGGAUAUUACUUGAUGUAUUUUGUAGAAGACGUAGAUAAGUUUAUGCCAACAAGAGAAGAGAUGAAAAAUGUGUAUAUACCGGCAGCAAUGAACUUGGUCUACAAUAGAACAUUCCCUGAAACUAUAAUGCAAGUUAUUGAAAAUGAAUAUACAAAUUGGUCAAGUCCAUAUGACUAUCAUAAUAUCAGAAGACAAUUUGCUAAAAUAUUUGGAGAUACAGGAUUUGCAGUAACUAGUAUCGAAUUCUCACGGCUUCAUGUUACAUCACCAACGACAUCUAAAACAUAUGUUUACAAAUUUAUGCCUAAACCAUCAAAGCGAAGCGGUGGUUCUCCUGAGUGGAUGGAUGAAGCGAACCACGGUGACGAUAUUCGUUUUGAAUUUGGAUUUAUUGAUCAACCAAAUGCAGAAGAUUGGGAGAUUGAAUUAUCGAAACACGUGAUGCAGUAUUGGACUAAUUUUGCUAAAACAGGAGAUCCAAAUAGCCCAAAUCAUCCUGGACCUGUAUGGCGCGAAUACGACUUAAUAAACCAGCAUUACAUGGAGCUAGAUAGAGAUUUGGGUGAAACUGGCGGGAAGCAGUUCGCAUUCGCGAAAGAGCUCAACUUCUGGUUGGAAGUGUUCCCAGACCUUGUGCACGCCACGGAUAAUCAGGGCAUGAAAACAUGUGGAACAAUGAUCAGUCUUGGAAAUAUAUUUUUCAGCAGCACAACACCAUUUUUCAUGUUGUUUUUAAAAGCUCUUUUUAUUUAAAUCUUUGGCAGUAAUUCCAUUCUUUUUUGUAAGAACGACUGAUGCCUUAGUUUUUUCAUUUUCUCAAGAAUAUAACUUUUAGUUAAAUUUAAUCAUAUCUUAUUGCUAAGAAAAAUAUGUAAAUAUACACAAAAACAACAAGUUUUCGAAAUAAAAGAUAUAAAAGUUG